ACAGACAGUUCAUCUGCCAAGGAUGUCAGCGGUUUAGAAAUUGACUGCCCACCUUACCAACAUAAAGGAUCGCAAGUGGAAGCACCUCCAAUGGGCCAGUUUUUGCUGCCGUUGCUGAGUGCUGAUCCCACUGUCCCGGACCCCGAACACUUCCUCAUCAGGCAUGAGGAUAUUUUGCAGCUGUUGGCGUCUGCUGAAGAUAGCGUGAGGGACGAGCUACCGCUGGAAGACGAAGUUGUGAUCGCCGGUUUGGAUCCCACUUCUGACGUGCUCAGCAACGAAAUGUACGAGUAUGAGGAUCCAAUACUAACACCCGAAGACGAAGCCGCGCUAUUACACUACGUAUGCGCAGAGCACCCUGGUGGGGACGCGGAAGCGCCGUUUAAGCCGGUGGAGGAGUGGCUCCUUGGGGUGUACCAUUCCUGGUGCGAGAUCAGUGCACUCAUGUACACUCUAAUCGGAACCAACAUGAGUGCGGAAAUGGUCAAGUCCGAGUGGUCGUACCGCGCUCGCUUCGGGUGCCACUGCCGUCUUUGCCUGUCACUCGCCAACAACACGUCAGCGCUUCACAGGUUCCUCGCCGCCAUCAUCGUAGACCUCGCCCACGGUGGCAACACUGCUUCAAUUGGCGCGAAAAUAGUGAAAGCUCUCCGCUUAGUGCCACGGAUGCAUAGUCAGCCGAACGACUGGGAUAUACCAAGUUUACAACGGCUCAAAGUCUGUGAUGAUGGCGCGUCAAUAAUCCACGAGCAUCUUAUCAGGUUGUCGCGUGAAAACGAGACGGCAAACGAGAUCGUCAAUAGCAUCUGUCUCUGUCGCGCAUACGAGCGGCCAUUCGACAAAAUGUACGCUAUGGAAAGGUUUUGUAAGUUAAUCGAGAACUUCAAGACUGCAUCUAGCAUAACGUUUAAGGUGGAGAUGGUGCCGGGAUCCGGCGCGUCCGGGCCGACGGAGAGCGAGGCGGCCUGGGGCGAGGCGGUUCGGUCGCGCCUCGCUCGCUGCCUCGCGCCCCACCAGCGACGCUCCACCAGCGAGAGACUAGCACACAUGGCAGCAAGGACCGCGCCCCACGACCUGAGCGCGUGGUCUGGCUACAAGCAUCGCUGCGAUUGCCUAACGCCGAGAACUCUCUGCGCGCAGCAACGGAAGCAGCUGUUGAGUGUUGCUUCCAGGAUCUCUUUCUUCGGUAUGAUGCAGGCUGUGAACGAGUUUAACGGCACCAAAGCGGACGCUGAGAAGCCUUCGAUAGACAUGAAGCUUGACCAUUCAGGGAGAGAAUUGCAGCAUGGGGACGGGACGGGUGCCAAACCCCCGGACAAUUAUGAAGUUCAUCCGUCACUCACCAAGUCGAAUUCCACAGCAGACCUCAGCGAUUCAAAUAUCACCGUCGAUCUCGACGACAUUUCGGACUCCGACGAGAACUCCGGCACAGCGUCCCUCGGGCUCUCGACCUCCUCGUCACUGGACUCGGCAUCGGAACUGCUCCUCGCUGCUGCGGCGGCGGUGGAAUCCGGAGGGUCUUCGGGCGAGGGUGGUGGACAACUAUGCAAGACGGUGCGACAGCUGAUGAAGUCUAUAGCGUCUAUUGAGCGGCUGAUGGACAAAGUUCUCCAGCAUUGUGACCAGUGGACAGACCAUGAGGCGAGGAAACGCGUACACGUUGGCCUAUCGGAGGUGGACCGGAAGUUGAUGGCGAUGUACCGAAGGCUGCCCGACGUUCACAGGCGGCAACUGCAACUGUACCGGAAGCAGAAACGUUUGUCAACGGUGUGUACGCAGCUAGUCGGAGGUAGAGCGCCCGCGCCUCCCCCGCCCGGCUCGCCUCCCCCCGCACCCGCGCAUACGCCUUGCCGCCCGCUUUGCCCCGAAUACCAUCUACAGCGAUUCAAAGAGGUACGCCGUAAAGUGAUGCACAUGAGAGAUCAGCAGCUGUACUACCACCGUCUAAGAAUGUGGCUAGAGGACCAACUUCGACAGGAGAGGGAGAGCCUUCCAGAGAGCAACGUAACACUAAUAGAAGAUUUACCAAGACGCAAACGCCGUACCGCCAGCCCUAAGAACGCUAAAAUAUCGACCGCGCCUAAAAGAAAACUGAAACCCGCAAACAUAUCUCAGACAAUUAGUAAACCAUAUAAAAUACUCCAAAUGCUUCGACAUAAGGCACCAAUACCAAACAAUAUUAACAUCAAAUCACCGUAUAAAGAAAUAGACGAUGAACGCAGUGCAGUAUCAGAAGUGGAACCCCCAGAAGCUUUCCCAUUAGAAAAGGAAGACAAUGUUAGCGACACGGAAACGAUAGUAGGCGAGAAAGAGACGGGCGACAUUUGCAAGGAAAUGCGGGAGUGUCUAGCAAAAUUCGCGAACUUCGCUCUUAACAGUCCUGAUAACGUGAAGGAAGAGGUAAUAGAAUAUGUGGAACCCGUGAAAUAUCCCGAAUCAGUUAGUCCGCCAUUACAGGAAAUGUCACCCACCACUUCUGAGCAUAUUCCAGUUUUUAACCAGAAUCCGCGUAGAAUUUUAACUGUUAACAAAAUUUUCAAUAAAGAAGACAAAGUCAUAGAUUUCCAAUCACAGGCCGGCGACAUAAGCACGCCUUUAAAUAAUAUAGAUUUUAGUGAAACUAAAGAUUCUAAAGAUCUGGAUGACGAUGAGAAAGACGGAGACGUUUAUAAAUAUGUGACAUUUGGAUUAAAAAUUAAAAAAGCAAUGGAAGAGUGCCAGAAUAUAAUUAAUUCUUAUAAUAGUGUUAGCAAAGAUGAAAAACAAAAGGAAGAUAUCGAUGAACCGCCAUCACUAGAGCAAAUAAUCGAGGUUAUGAUGAAUUUAGAUAAAAGUUCAGCUGAGCUGUUAGAAAAAAUGGAUUCGGACGACCCAAUAGAUAUGAACAUAGCAAUAAAUAAACUGUCGGAUUUAGUAGAAAAUAUGCCACAAACGUUAGCGAACAUGCCGGAAAUAGCUUCGAAACUAUCCGAAUUCGCGAACGCUAGUUUCGAAUUGCCAGAAUUUGCUUCCAUAAUGAACAGUUUGCCUGAUGUCAAUAAUGAAGCGCAACUUACUCCGGAGACCCUGAAACAGAUUCGCGAACUCAAAUUAUCUAAGCGUGAUAGCGUUAAGGUAACAAAAAACACUGCCAAGCGUAAAAUAAACCGUAGGAUUAAGAAUAAUGAUAGUGUAGAUUUAGCGAAUUUCGACUUUGAAUUCGACGGCAAAGACCUGUCCGAACUGUUGAGGGAUGAGAAGGAACUGCAGAAUUUAAUGAAAAACAAGAACAAUAAGGAGGAUUUCAAAGACUUACUCUUUUCUAUAUCCGCUCAAGUAGUUGUUAAUAAAGUUUUUGAAUACGUUAAGCAAAACAAAAGUCCCGAAUUAGCUAAGUGCCUGGAAGAGGAGAAAGAGCUAUUUAAUUUGCCCCGAAACAAUAUUAAUUCCGAAAUGUAUUCGAAGGCAUCGACGUUAUUCGACAAUUCAGUUAAAGAUGCUUUGAGUAUGGACGAACUGAGGGACCUUGUUCAAUCUAGGUUUAAUUCUUGGAAAUAUUACGUCGCAAGUAAGUUUAAAGGUAUACCCAUCGAGUUAUUAGAUAACGAGAUUGAGACCAUGCUAGAUAAAUUCUAUUCGUAUAUACAAGAUUUAGCUUCUAAGCAAUGUACUAACGAUACUGACAAAAUUAUCGAGAAAAUUGACGAGUUGAGAAAGAAUAGCGACAGCAGGGAUUCAGACAGCGAAGGCUGUCCGGCUUCGAAGGAAACGCUGAAGCAGAUAACAAAACUACUCAGUACAUUCGCGGGUAACACUAUAGACUUGCUCAUAAUGAAACUGUCCAAUUUGUCCGACGACAAGAAGGCCGCGGUUAAAAGUCUAAAAUUCAAAUACAUGGAUGUUAUAAGACGGUGUACGGAAUCAACUCAGCUCGCCGGAUGGAUAUUAUUAGAUCCCGAAGUGGCGACUAACGUUAUACAAGAGCUGACUGGUUUGGAGGUUAGAAAAAUUGACAAUGUACCCGACUUCUCCACUUACACUGAUGAGAGGAAGAGGGAGCAUUUCAUUAAUAGAUUAAGAGAAAUGAAUAGGCAGUAUAUUGAAACAUUACCGAAAAAAGGACUCACUGGAGACGAGUGGCUAGUUAUAUUAUAUCGCUUAGAACAGCUAGAGGAAAAGUUAAAAGAGGCGUUUAUCAAGGUGGCCCCCGCACCGAAAGUUGUUCAACCGCAGGCCGCUAGCGAAGCUGAAAUAUUAGCAGCUAAAGGCCUCAGUAAAAUUAUCGGUAAAGCUAACGUUAGGAUAGUUAAGAAAGUAAACCAAGAACCUCCGAAGCCCAAAAAGGAAGUGCCACCAGAAGAAGUGCCGCAGGUUAAUGAAAAAGAUGAGAAAAAGGCGAAAAACGACGCGCUAUUGGCCAAAUGCGAAGCGAUACUGACCUCUAAAGGGGAAAAGUCAUUGUUAGACAGUUUUUAUACGAUAAAAUCUUACAUAACUCAAGGUCUCCAGGUACCUGAAACUUAUAAAAAACACGUUAUAUCAAUAUGCUCGAGUAUAGACGCUAAACUACUGGACGAGGAUAUAGAAGAGACUUUGAAAAUCAAGACAGACGAGCAAGAACCAGAGCCGGAAAACAAAGACAAGGUCCCGUUAUCCGUAAUCGGAUCUCAGAAUCCGGAAUUACUAGCUAAAUAUUCAGCGCAAGCCUUACGGAACGCGAAGCAGACGCUAAACGCAGUCGCGUUCAGGAAUAUGACGAGAAACGGACAGACGAAAUCGGAGAGCGACGUUUGCGAUACACCAAAAACAAAUUGCAAAUGGACAAACGACUGUGUGUGUGACUCAUGUAAAGAUUCGGACUUGUCGUCUGUGUGUCUCGGUGAUAUAGUGAAGCAGUGCUACGAUGACAAGUCGAAGAACGGUCUAGAAGAGAAGAAGAAGGAGGUUAAGAAGGUGCCGCCAAAACCGAAGCCGGCUCCGAAACCGUGUGAGAAUGCCAAUCAUCAGCAACAUGUCUGUAAGGUGGCACACGGUGGAGUCUGCUCGGGAGAUGGCGCCACAGAUCAACCUUGCAACUGUUGCUACUGUACCGUUUUCGGGCAUGCCCCACCUCUCACUACACCUGUGCCGCGCAACUUCAACGAGACGAGAGAAAGGUUACGGUCUAUAUUAAACAAGAAGAAACAGAAAUGUAAAGUUACUAAUGGCGAGGUGGAGUCCCCAGUGGAGCGUUCGCCCCCGCAACAUCAACAAGCUCCCGUACCACCAGCCUUGCCCAAAACCCUACCACCGAAUUUGACGACGCAAGCGCAACAGAAACGCCAGGCGAUGGAGAGUCAACAGAAGCAACUGGCGGACAAGAUGGCUAGAAUGGUUGUGACAGAGAAGCCCGAAGUGAAACCAAAGGUAGUGCAACGCUCCGUCCCGGUACAAACCAACCCGCCGGCAGUCAAAGCUGAGGGUAAAGUGAACCCUAACGCUAUGGAGCAGAUACGGUUGCAGCAACUGAAACAACAGCAACAGGCGCAGCUGCAACAACAAAUGCUGCAGCAGCAAGCGGCGCAACAACAACAGGCCCAGCAACAACAAAAACAGGCACAGCAACAACAACAACAACAACCGCAAGCACAACAACAAAAGAAACCGGAGCCGAUAUACGACCUGCCGAUACACAACAAGCCUACUUUGACGCCUCAGCAACAACAACAAAUAAGAUUACAACAGCAACAGCACCACGAUGAAGCCGUCCGUCAGAACCACCUGCACGUGCAACAACAGAUACAGAUGCAGCAGAAGCAACUGCAACAACAAGAGGCGCAACAACAAUUGCAACACCAACAUCUGGAACAACAAAUAAGACAGAGCAGGCAAACGCAGCAGAACAAUGCUGUCUCACUCUCGAGUAGAGACACUAGUGUAUUCUCAUUUUCAUCGGGUUGUUCCGGGGGUUCAUGCUGGCGAGGUAGAGGCGGUUGCAAUAACAGAGCGGAGGACCCCAGGGAUUUGGACGCGUUGCUGCAGUACAUAGAGGGGCCCGCGCGACACGUCGAUCGAGGCAAGAAACGCGCCAAGAAAAUGCGACAGAAGGCGAAACGAAUGGAGUCCCGAUUGUACGAGCAAAUGGAACAUUUAAGGAGCGAACUGAAAACCGCUCAAACGACUGUACACGCUCUGAGGAAGGUGCAUACGGUUGCUGCUCGAGACCUCGAACUGGCGAGACAUAAGCUCGCGGCGCAACGGCCGAAGAAAAAAGGAAAGAAGCAGAAAAUUAAUCCAGCUCAGCAAGCCAGGACGGAAUUGGUAGCGGAACAGCUGGUUGACUGCACUUCCUUAUUUAACAGCACGGCCAAGAAACUACUUAUCGCCGAGCGACGGCUCGCGGAGAACAGCAAACGUUUCAAGGAGUGCGAGCGGGAGCUGUCUGAAGCGAGGACCUUGCAGGGGAAAUGCGAAGCUGAUGAGGAGGAAAGCGAAUUACAUCAUAGGAUGGAGCAGGAAGCGAUAUUAAAGCACCAACACUAUGAGCAGCAAAGAUUGUACGACUUAGAGAAGACUAAGCAGAUGAUGCUGGACGGCUUCGCAGACGGUGGCUCGGUGCGUGUGUCACACCGGGACGGGUCCGCCGUCACGCUGUCGCUGCGUGGACAACCCGACCCGGCGUUGGCGAGGCUAAUAUCCGGAACUGACUUUAAAGUUGAAGUAUGCGUGGACCAGUCGGCGCAGAAACAAACGGACAGUCAGAAGAAGCAAACCUGGGAACAGGCUAUAGCUCAUAUGAACCAACUAGCGAAGGGCUCUGCCAAGGAGAAGAAGAAGCAGAAAGAACCGCAAAGGCAGAAGAGUGAAGUGAAAAAGGAGAAGCCAAGCUCGGAAGCGCCUGUCGAAGAGCAGCCGCUAUCAAAGAAGCAGAGGAAAUUAUUAGCGAAGCAACAGGCGGAAGAAGAAGAGAGGAGAAGAGAAAAGCAACAGCAACAGCAAGAAGCUAAGAGUAAAAAGGACAAAAAACCGGAACCACUUCAAGCUGAGAACACAAAAAAAGACAAGAAGGAACUGAAGAAAGAGAAGAAGGAGCAGAAAAAAGAGGACAAGAAAGAGGUUAAGAAGGAGGAGAAAAAGGGCAAGGAGAAUAAAAUGGAUAAGACUGCAACAACAGCUAAGACGAAGGCACCACAACAAGAGGUGCAACAAAAACAACAAAACAACAAGAAAGAGAAAAAGAAAGACAACAAUACGCAGAAGCCUCAAGUCAUAAACAUAACCGCGGACACUACCAUAGAGGUUGUCAGUAAAAAGAGUCAGUGUACAAACGAGCCGGAGAAACCGGGUUCUUGCAGUAUCAUGGAGCAACUUAGCUGCGGCGUUCAGGUUGCAGAUUUGAGGCUCCCGCCCGGUAUAACCUUGACUCGUGUUCAGCCCAGCGAGAAGAAGGAACCUCCUGCCAUCAAAUCUGUUCCCCUCUGGAAGCACAAUCAGCUGGACGCGGCGCCGACGCCCGUGCCGCGACCGCCGCCCGUCAUCAACGCGGACCCCUCGCUCAUGAUGUUCUCCACACACAACCAUAAUGAACCCCCAAAACCCAGCAACGUGCCAGAACCGCAGCCCCAGGCGCCGGGUAAAUCGAAGAAGGCGAAGAAAAAGGCCAAGAAAGCCGCCGAAACUGAGCAGAAGCAGGAGGGCGCGAAAAUGGUCACACUACGCAACCCGAUGUUCCACCCCAACCUGCCACCAGUGCAAAUAACGAACGCACCCCCGCAGAAGAAGUCCGAGAUUCGAAUCCCGGAUCCCAUUCCAAUGCCGCCAGCACCGUGCCAGGCAACAAUAACCCCUACCUCCAACGGGAUGUACACGAUAAGAAACCCUCUGAUGUCGAUGAUGCAUCAACAAAACCUGAUGGGCAUCCGCAGUCAGACACCUCAAGUCAACCCGGUGUACAACCAACCUCACUACAAUUAUGCCAACCCGAACGUGUACAACCCACAAUACGUUCAGGACCCAUCCCAAAACCUAAAGAACCCGGACAUUGAACUCCAGAACCGUAUAAUGAACUUGGCAUCGUUCACCCAAAAGAACGACGAGGGGUACUCCCUAUUCAAAACCCCGGAUGAUAAUCAGCAUAAGAGUUUUCUGAGCCCAGAGUUCUACGAUCAGAACAGUCAGAAUCCAAAGGUUGUGUCACCGAAUCCUAUAGGAACCCGUCCCGAUCACAGUCGCAAUUAUGAAAAUGAUUCCCUAUUCGCUAACCCUGUACGUCCGGAACCUAUCGGUACUCCACUGAAAAUUGAGGAAGAAAGGUUAUACACUCCAUUCGGUCAGGAAAGCCGGAACGUUUUCCGGAACGCCCUGUUCAAUGAUAAACCGGAAAUGACGCAGAGCAUGGGCAAAAUGGAGGACAAUCAAAGUUUUAUGCCGAACGGCGAUCAGCUGCCGUAUUUCCAAAGAUUGCGUGCGGGAUCCAAGCUUAACAGCGAGGUCACCAUACACUAUGUGACCGACUCCAAGUUUUAUAAGGGACAGGACGGCCAGCAGGGUCCGGGAGACACGUCACUGUUCUCGCGCCCACACGCGCACACGCAAACUACUCACAGCUGGCCGGACGCGCACGCGCACGCGCACAAUAACAGCGAGUUCACCCCAUACUGAUUACCGGAAUUCAUAAUCCUGGGACACCGUAGCAACACCAAUCGCGCGCACGCAAAAGCGCGCUUCAUCUUAGGCUGCAUCAUCACUUACCAUCCGGUGUGAUUGCAGUCAAGCACUUGUCUUUAUAUUUAAAAAAAAAAAAGAAUAAUCAAAAUCUGUCAAAAUUGUUCGCACUAAAACAGCUUAAUUACAAACAACUGUCAAAGUUUGACGUACAUUUUACUGUACAUACAACUGUUGUUAUCUCGAUUCGACACAAAAAAACCUAUGCUUGGAUAUUGAAUAAUCAUCUCUGCCGAAAGGGGAAGAAGAAGUAAUUUAAAACCGCGCUACUUAGUCUCAGAUAAUUCUUAUGAAAAUUUGGCUUAAUUUGCUAUAAACUCGGGGAAAAGCAGGAGAAUCUGUUUGGUGUAAUUUAUAAUUUUUUCAAUCCUUAUACGCCACACCAAACAGAUCUUCGGCAAUGUACCCUCUA